AUGACUGAUAAUACUACAAAUGAUUCAGUUCAUGGUUGUCGUUCAAAUACAGAACGAGUUAUAACUGAUGAUGAAUAUGCAUGUUUGUAUUCUCUAGAACAACAAGAUCGUCAACAAGUAUCAGUAUUUAAACAGAAUCAAUUUGAUAAAAAUGCUCAAAAAUAUUGGGAUCAAUUUUAUAAACGAAAUACAAAUAAUUUUUUUAAAGAUCGCCAUUGGACAUUAAGAGAAUUUAAUAUAAAUAUAAAUGAAACAAUGAAAUUAUUUGAAAUUGGUUGUGGUGUAGGCAAUUUUUUAUUUCCAUUGCUUAAUGAAAUGCCAAAUUUAUUUAUAUAUGCAUGUGAUUUUUCAUCAACUGCUAUUCAACUUCUUCGUGAAAACUCCAAUUAUGAUCCACAACGUAUACAAUCAUUUAUUUGUGAUUUAACUGAUGAUAAUCAAAUUCCAAUUGAAGAAAAUUCAAUUGAUAUUUGUUCAAUGAUAUUUGUUCUAUCAGCUAUACAUCCAGAUAAAAUGUCUCAUGUACUUAAAAAAAUUCAUAAAGUUUUAAAACCUGAUGGUUAUCUUUUAUUUCGUGAUUAUGGUUUAUAUGAUCAUGCAAUGUUUCGGUUUGCUCGUCAAAGACAACAUAAAUUAUCCGAAAAUUUUUAUGUCAGACAAGAUGGUACACGAGCUUAUUUUUUUUCACUUGAAUAUUUAAAAAGUUUAUUAAAUGAAUGUCAAUUCGAUAUUGAUGAACUUUCAUAUGUAUUUAAAGAAACAGUGAAUAUUAAAGAAGAAAUUUGUGUACCGCGUGUUUUUGUACAAGGAAAAUUUAAAAAAAGAAAAAUCGACUAA